AUGGCAAACAACGCCGAAUCCCCUGCUUUCGUAUACACGCCCGUACCACUAACGAAAAAACUGCAUUCAAUUGUGUAUGAUGCUAUAGAUCCUUCACAGCCUUCACUUUCCCAAGCUGGGAGGACAGUUCUCAUCACCGGCGGAUCUGCUGGUAUCGGCUACGCCAUUGCCGAGAACUUUGCUUUGGCUGGUGCAGAUAAGAUCAUACUCACUGGUAGAACUCGCUCGAAGCUUGACGAGGCGAUAGCAAGACUCGCUCAUGAUCACAGCGAUUGCGAUACCAAAUUCGAAGGGGUAGUCUGUCAAAUGUCUGAUUCCAGCAGUAUUGAUCAGAUGUUUGACAAUUUGGGCGCAAAUGGUGUUCAUGUGGAUGUCUUGGUCCUCAAUGCUGCUCUCAAUGUUGAAGGGACAUUGUCGCAUCAAGGCUGGGAGAAGACGUGGGAGCAGUUCAUGGUCAAUACUCGCGCGCUACAUCAACUAUGCGAUCGCCUACACGAGCAAGAACAGGGAAAAAGAAAGCACUAUAUAGUCAACGUCUCAACGGGUGCCAUUCAUGACUCCCGAGGCCCCACAAACUUGUCUUCUUAUUCCCUGACCAAGGCAUCUGGGACCUUGUUCAUCCAGAAGCUUGCAGACGAGAAGGAUCCCUCUCAAACUCAGAUCACCAGCUUCCAUCCAGGCGCCAUUCUGACAGACCAAGUUCGAGAGAAAGGGAUGGCAGAAACGAUAGUGAAUUGGGACGACGUGAGUCUUCCAGGCGCGUUUGCUGUAUGGUGCGCGUCGGAUGAAGCUUCCUUCUUGCAUGGUCGAUUUGUGUGGUCAGCUUGGGAUGUCGAGGAGUUGAAGUGCGGAUCGAUCAGGGAUAGGCUUGACAGAGACGGCCAAUUUCUUCGCAUUGGUGUUCAUGGUUUGUAG